AUGGUUACUCUCCCCGCUAUCCGCGCCUCCAACGAGCUCAUUCCUACUGCACUUCCACCUAACUUGGUCGCCAUAUUCGCAGGCGCGACUAGCGGCAUCGGAGAAGCAACUCUCAAAGAAUUUGCUACUAAAGCUGUCCGCCCGCGCGUGUACUUUAUCGGCCGCAAUCAAGAAGCAGCGGACCGGAUCACGACAGAAUGCAAGGCGCUUAACCCGGAUGGAGAGUUCAACUUUAUCAAAGCCGAUCUUAGCUCGAUGAAAAAUGUAGAUCAGCUCUGCGAAGAGAUCAUAAAGAUAGAGGCGGUUCUUAAUCUCUUAUUCAUGAGCCAGGGUGUGCCCAGUUUGGACAAAAGCCUGACACCAGAAGGCCUGCACCUCCUCCUCGCACCCGCCUACUACGGCCGCAUUCUGAUGGCGUCCAACCUCCUCCCUCUCUUAACGCGUGCCUCUCAAGCCACCUCCCCGUCUCUUUCCCGCGUCAUCUCCGUCGCGGCGGGCACCUCCGAAGGCCACUUCUACCCCGCCGACAUCCCGGCCCUGACCCUCGGCUUCCGCGCCAUCAAAGGCCACCUGUGCACGCUCAUGACGCUCGCCCUCUCCGCGCUCGCUAAGCAGGCUCCCGGCGUGAGCUUCGUGCACACGAAUCCGGGCGUGGUCCGCACGCAAUAUAUUACACAUCGGGUUCCCGGCCUCCUGGGAGCUGUGCUUAGCGCGGUUACGUGGAUCGCGGGCAGCUGGCUCUGCGUCCCGGUUGCGGAGAGCGGGGAGAGGCAUUUGUGGGUUUGUACUACUGCGCGGUUUGCGCCGGGCGGAGUGGAGGGGGUCGAGGGCGCGGAAGUGGCGAAAGGCACGGAUGGGAAGGUGGGAAGCGGCGUCUAUUCUAUUGAUCAGUAUGGGGAGGUUGCAGGGGAGAAAGUUGUGAAGCUGUUAGAGGAGUAUAGAAGGCAGGGGAUGGAGGAUAUAGCUUGGAAUCAUACGAUGGGGGAAGUGGAGAGGAUUAGAACAAUGUGA